CACACACAGAUCUGUAUCCUAAUUCCUAACCCCUUCUUUCUUUGUUUCUUUUUAAUUCUUCUCCUCUCUUUAAAACCCUUUCUCGUUUCAGCACCCCGCUCAUUCUAUCCCUCAACCAUUCACUCCUUCUUUAUUUCUCUUUGAAAUCUCCAAACUCCUCUUUCUUCACCUGCUUUGUUUCAUUCAAUAGUUUUUUUUAAAAGAAACAGUAAACAUUAAUAUAAGCUUUUACUCAUAAACCCUAGUUUUCAGAUUAGGGUUUUUGAAGCACUCAAUCUCUCAGUGGAUCUGUGACCGAUCAUUACCUCAAGAGGGUUUAAAGGGAUUCCUCUUGGAUUCUUUUCACUGCAUGCUAGCUUUUGUUCUCAACUAACUAAUAUGGCUACUUCAUAUCCAGGACCAAUCCAGGUUGGCUCUUACUUUGUGGGGCAAUACUAUCAGGUACUUCAGCAACAGCCUGAUCUGGUUCACCAGUUCUAUUCCGAUACCAGCACCAUGAUUCGGAUUGACGGAGAUUCUACUGACUCUGCUUCUGCAAUGCUGCAAAUUCAUGCCCUUGUGAUGUCACUAAAUUUCACUGCGAUUGAGAUCAAGACGAUCAAUUCUCUUGGUUCUUGGAAUGGUGGAGUUAUGGUAAUGGUUACAGGUUCUGUCAAAACUAAAGAUUUCAGUGGCAGAAGGAAAUUUGUGCAGACCUUUUUCCUUGCUCCUCAGGAGAAAGGUUACUUUGUUCUCAAUGAUAUCUUUCAGUUCAUUGAUGAGGAAACAAUUUACCAGCAUCCAGCUCCUGCACUGUCCGAAAGCAAAUUUGACGCUCAAGUAGAUGCUUCUAGCCCUCUUCCUGAACAACCAGUUUCCAAUUAUGAUUUGGAAGAAGAGGCUAGGGAAUAUGUGAAUUCAGUUCAUAUAGAAGAUGAGCCAGUUGACCAGUACAAUCUCCCAGAGCCUCAGGAGCAUGAAGACCUUGAAGCUGAAAUUGUUGUGGAGGAAACUCCUGUGGAAGAAGCUCCUGCUUUGUACCAAACUGAUUUGAAUAAUGUGCAGGCGCCUCCUGUUGCUGCUGUUGAUGAAUCUGUGGGCGAGAUGGCAAAGAAAACUUACGCUUCCAUAUUGCGAGUAGCUAGGAAUCAGUAUGCAUCAUCAGUUGCUACUCAACCAUCCUUUACCAAGAGUGCCCCGACUACAUCAGACUGGGAUCACACACCACAGCCUGUAUCCCAGCAGUCAAAUUAUGCAUCAUCCUAUGCGCCUGAAUCUGGAGCUUUGUCAAAUGUGCCUGAAUCUGGAUUUGACACAGCAGAUGAAAGCUUUUCCCUAGAAGAAGGUGAAGUAAAAUCUGUCUAUGUGAGGAACUUGCCUUCUACUAUUUCUGCUGGUGAAAUUGAGCAGGAGUUUAAGAACUUUGGCAGAAUCAAGCCCGAUGGUGUGUUUGUUAGAAACCGCAAGGAUGUUGUUGGUGUCUGCUAUGCUUUUGUGGAGUUUGAAGACAUUUCUGGUGUUCAAAAUGCAAUCCAGGCAUCUCCUAUACACUUGGCAGGAAGGCAAAUAUACAUUGAGGAGCGAAGACCAAACAGCAGCAGUACUUCUCGAGGAGGAAGAAGGGGAAGAGGCAGAAGCAGUUACCAAACAGAGACCACUAGGGGUGGGCGCUUUGGUGGUCGUGGUUUGGGUAGGGGAAGUACCCAAGAUGGUGGCGACUACAACAGACUGAGAGGCAAUGGUUUCUAUUAGUGAGGUUCACAAAGAAAGCAUGGAUGCUAGGAGACCAAAUAUGAGUAGCAAAAUCGUUAUAGGUAUUCCGCAUAAAUUUUUUGAUCUGAGGGUGGCUGAGGUUUGCUGAAUUGUGGUUUACCGUUUUCUUUGGUUUAGGAGAAAUAUAUUUGUAACUUUAUGGGGUGUACCAUUUUGUGAUGCAAGUGUGGAGGGACUUUUCUUUUCUCUGUUUCUAUUCUUCUGUUGUUACAGAAUAUGUUUAAUCUCCCCUUGAAUGGUUUUUAUCAUGCAUAUUCAAGUGGGAUAAUUUUGGGACAUUGUGAGUCUUGUUUCGCGAGGAAUGUGAUGGGCUAUUUUGGUA